GUCGUUCGGCUGGACUGACUCACCGCGAUCUCCGCAAGUGCACACCGCGAUUGUGAAAUUAACAAUAUACUGGGAAUAACUUCCCACCUCGACAUCCACUUACAGUUCUCUCGAGGGCGUGAUAUUUAUUCGCUGCUACACCAGCUGCUGCAGCGCCGAACAGACCUUGAAAAUAAGACAAUUGCUGGACAUCGUAUCGUCCGAAAUCUGCGCAGUCAUGGCCCCGCUCACAGCAGAGCAACUCUUCGACUCCAUCGGCCCAGCCUACGAGACCGCAUGGAAAGGCGUGGCACCACAAGAUGCAUCAAUCCAAUGGCUGCUCUCCGAGCUCGAGAGUGGCAAACCUGCAAAGUGUCUCGACAUCGGCUGCGGCACCGGGCGACCAGUCUGCCUCGCGCUCUCAGCAGCCGGCCACGACGUCACGGGCAUCGACGUCUCCGGCGCCAUGAUCGAGGCUGCGAAGGCGAAUGUGCCUGAUGCGAGGUUUGAAAAGGUUGAUGUGAAGAACUACAAGGUUGAGGAUGGGAGUCUGGACGCGGUCACGGUUUACUUUAGCAUGAUUGCCGGCUUUUCGCAGGAGGAGAUUCGAGGGUACAUUCUCCGGAUCCAUGGCUGGCUGCGGCCGGGGGGUGUCUUUGUGUUCGCCACUGUGCCAAUCUCUAAUGAUAGCAAUGAAAUUGUGUGGUUGGGCCGACGCACGGUUGUGUCGAGUUUGGAGGCCGACGAGGCUAUGGCGUGCAUUCGGGAUGCGGGAUUCGAGGUGCAGUCUCACGACGUGACUGUAUUUAAGCCUCAGGUAUUUGAGGCGGGGAUUACGGGGGAAGAUGCGCCUUUGGAGGAGCCGCAUUUGUUUGUGUAUGCGAAGAAAUGAAACAUCUCCGAGCCUCGAGAUCUCGUUCUAUUCCUCCGAGCCCGCGGCAAACUUCUCCGCACCAAAAAUAAAAGCGGGACCGGCCGAAAGCCGCCCCGCUUUUUGCCAUGCUGUGGCGCAGUCACGUGAGACUGCACCUCGUCAUCGCACACCUUCCGGGGGUUUUUCGGACGCAAUUUUGACUUCCUGAUAUUCAAAUUAAAAGAUCUCGGGAUGUUCCGAACGUUUUCUUGGCGGGGUGGCGUAAUGGCAACGCGUUGCUUUCCGGUGGCAAAGACUGUGGGUUCGAGUGAGUGAC